AAAAGGAAGCAUAAUCCACAGUUUCAAAUUUUCAACCAUAGCCAACCAAAAGUUACUCUUCUUAUCCAAAUAUAAUUUUGAGAAAUAUCAUAUCAUGGAACAAGGAUAACAGAACUCAGUACCACCUCACCCCAUUCUUCCUUCUUCUGUUUGGCAUGGCUGCCAUUAACUCUUGUCUCCUCUCUCUGAAUAUGAUCUCCGGUUCUAGAUCCCCGAGGAAAAGCAUAUCCAUAGUUCGUCCUCAUCUCCACUACAGUAGCUUAACAAGAAAUAUUCCAUUGCCAGGGGUAGCUUCAAUCUCAUAUCCGGAAUACUUGGAAAGUGAGUUCAGUGGACAUGGAGUCACCUUCACAGGAGUUAAUGAGAGCUGUGUUGUCCGCAUGGCGUUGGAGAAUGGAAGUAUAGCUAACUUGAUGCUUCCAAGUGGUUUGAUCACAUCAUACAAAGCUCAAAUGUGGCAUGGAGGCACAAUGGAGUUGCUUCAUACCACUGUCUCACAAGGACAGGAUGGUUCAGCAGUCAUUGAAGGAGGAGUUUCACUAGCCUGCAAUUGCGAGAACGAUGAAGGUCUUUCAUGGUCGCCAAGUUCUUGGGCUCUUCAUCAAGUUAAAGGAGAUCCUCAAGGAUCUAUUCAGGUGGAAUUGAUUUCCAGAGGUUCAGAUGGAAAGAUUGAGGCUAAGUAUAUGGUUACUCUGCAACAAGACGUUUUAACUUCAGAGAUUAAAGUAUUUAAUUUAGGUAUUUCGAGCCUCCGGAUGAUGGGUUCAGUUCUUAGCCAUCUGACAGUAAGCACACCAGAAGCCAGCUAUGCAGUGGGACUGCAAGGGUCAGAUUUCUUCAGUAAGCCUCCAUUUUUAGCUAACUUCAGCAUUCUUCCUCCUGGCUUUGGGAAGAGGAACAAUCAGGCUUCUAAGAAAUACUGGGUUGAGGAAAUAUUCUCAAGCUGGGGUACAAAAAAUCAAAACUACGAGGAAACAGAAAAAGAGUUGGAGGGUGAAGAAACAGAAAACUACAAGCAUUUGACUGAUGAAAUGAGCAAAAUUUAUAAAAGCGCACCUAGGAACUUCACAGUCAUUGAUCGGGGAAGACGAAACUCAGUGGUAGUAGGAGGGGACGGGUUCAACGAAGUGUACGUGCUGAGUCCUGGCUCAAGACAUGAAAGUUAUGGCAGAUACUCUUACAUAUGUGUUGGGCAAGCCGCUUUGCUUCAACCAAUAAUCAUAGAAUCUCAGACUGAAUGGAGAGGUAAACAAAGCUUGCAUAACCCAAAUAUGUGAAGUUCUGAACCAGCAAAGCAGCUUGUUUUGACACAGAAUAGAGUUCUCAUUGCAAAUCAAGAGAUGGCAACAUAAAUCAAGCAGAUACACUUGAUUUAACCUUGAAAGAGAGCUCUGAUGUGGAUAUUAAGCUAUAAAUCCUAUGAACAAAGAUUUGAUUGUUAGAAAGAGAGGUCUGUUGUGGAUAUUAGCUAUAAAUCCUAUGAAAAACCAUUUGGUUGUUAAAAAGAUAGGUCUAUUUGUCCUGUUGCCCAUGUUUUCCCUCAUUAACUCAAGUAAAGCUUACAAAUAUAAUUUCAUUCA